CCUUGCUCUUUGUUUCAUAUCUAGUAGCCAGUGACCUCUCUAUCCAUUUCCUCUUUCUCUCUUCUCAGUGCUCUGUACCUCAGCACAGUCAAAACCAAUCUUUAAUUUCUUCAUCAUUUCAUCAAAAUGGAAGCCUUCUUGUAUCACCACCAAUGUCCUCUCUUUCUAGACCCUAUUGAGAUCUCUCUCCUCCCUCACCAGCAAAAUGGAGAGCAGAGCAACGCCUCCUCCUCUUGCUUGAUCACCGGCUACAAUUCAUCUGAGGCCAUGCAAGAGGCCUCAACGUGCUCUCUUGAUGCAUUGCCUCCCCUUAAACCACAAGUCUCUUUGGAGAAGAAGAGAAAGCAAAGUGAUGGGGGGCCCUCGAGCACUAGCCAAACUAAGGUUGUUAAGCAAAGUAAGAGUAGGAGAAAGAAGACUAUUUGUACAUCCAAAGGAGAAGUUGAAGAGAAGAAGCCGAAAGCUACGGAAUUGAAGUCUAAUAAGGCAACAAUCGAGGAGCCUCCUUCAGGGUAUAUUCAUGUGAGGGCUAGGAGAGGCCAAGCAACAGAUAGCCAUAGCUUAGCUGAAAGGGUAAGAAGGGAGAGGAUAAGUGAAAGGAUGAAGAAAUUGCAAGGCCUUGUCCCCGGAUGUGAUAAGGUUACUGGAAAGGCCCUUGUUUUGGAUGAAAUUAUCAAUUAUGUGCAAUCCUUGCAAAACCAAGUUGAGUUUCUCUCAAUGAGGCUUGCUUCAGUGAACCCUGUUUUAUAUGACUUUGGAGUGGGCUAUGAAGAGUACAUGAGUCAACCAGAGGAAAUGGGGAGCAUAUCACAACCAAUGUCAUCUGUGAUCCAAAACAGUCACAUUCAACCCACAGCAUUUGAGGCAGCAACAAACAACCUACAUCAGGAGGUCACAGACCCUGCUGCUCCUUUUUCUCAGGUAACUGGGAGUUUUCUGAUGCAAGCAAUGAACAGCAUGUGUUCUUUCCACUAGAGGAAAGAAAUAGAGCCUCACAAACGAAUGCAGUGGUGUGAGCCUGUGACCAAUAGAAUUGAGCCAGAGAGAUUGCAUUGAAGAGCAGACAAAAAUAAAGAGCAGUAUGUCAAGAUUGUGGGGAUCUCUUGUUGUUGGACUUUUGGGCCAGUGAGAAGAUGGACCAAGUGGCUUGGAACUAACCAAUAUUAUUGAUGUAGUAGAAAAAAAUGAUUAGCUAGGUAGUAGUAGUUAGUGAUGUUUUUACUUUUUCACGCAGAGUGAUCAGAGAGAGGAGAGAGGAGGAGACGUGGCAGUUGAGUUCGUGUAUAGACUAAAAGACUUUGCCACGUUGAAAUGUACUUGCUCCCUUGACUCUUUCAACAUUAUUUGGCAUUCUGAAGAA